CCGUGGGCCGAACGCUCCUCCGAAUAGCGUCGCGGCCGGCGUUGCCCAGAUGCCCUGGCUCCCCGGCGUCUGUGGAUCACGUUCCUUGGCGAUUUGGGGGAUCCGCGGACCCAAACUCCUACUUGGAGACUUGUCGAGCUGAGCCUCCACCGUCUGCUGCCUGCGUGGGCCUGACGGGCCUCUCGGCACUUCAAUUUUGGUUUAUUGAAGAGGUUUGACAAGGACUGUUGUUAAUUCUUCCUUUGAACAUAAGUUUAAUAGAAUUCACCAAUAAAGGCAUCUGGUGUAGACUUUCCUUAGUUGGCAUUUAAAAAUAUUUAAUCAUUCAUGAGUUGAACUUCAUUCUUGAGUUAUGGAUGACAAGGCUUCUGUUGGAAAAAUCAGUGUCUCCUCAGACUCAGUAUCUACCCUUAAUAGUGAAGAUUUUGUCUUGGUUUCCAGGCAAGGAGAUGAAACACCAUCUACAAAUAAUGGAAGUGAUGAUGAGAAAACAGGACUCAAGAUUGUAGGGAAUGGAAGUGAGCAGCAGCUGCAGAAAGAGCUAGCAGAUGUGCUGAUGGAUCCUCCCAUGGACGACCAGCCAGGGGACAAGGAGCUUGUAGAAAGGUCACAACUGGAUGGCGAAGGAGAUGGGCCUCUUGCUAAUCAACUCUCAGCUUCAUCCACCAUUAACCCUGUGCCAUUAGUUGGGCUCCAGAAACCUGAGAUGAGCCUGCCUGUGAAACCUGGACAAGGAGAUUCUGAAGCAGCAAGCCCUUUUACACCAGUGGCUGAUGAGGACAGUGUGGUUUUCAGUAAACUAACCUAUUUAGGCUGUGCCUCAGUUAAUGCUCCAAGAAGUGAAGUAGAGGCCCUAAGAAUGAUGUCAAUCUUAAGAAGUCAGUGUCAGAUUUCACUGGACGUGACCCUAUCAGUGCCGAAUGUAUCUGAAGGAACUGUGAGACUCUUAGAUCCUCAGACAAACAUGGAAAUAGCUAAUUACCCUAUCUACAAAAUCCUCUUCUGUGUCAGAGGGCAUGAUGGAACUCCUGAGAGUGACUGUUUUGCUUUCACUGAAAGUCACUACAAUGCAGAACUCUUCAGAAUACACGUCUUCCGGUGUGAGAUACAAGAAGCUGUAAGCCGGAUACUUUAUAGCUUUGCCACUGCCUUCCGCCGCUCUGCCAAGCAGACCCCCCUUUCAGCCCCUACAGCACCGCAGACUCCUGACAGUGACAUCUUUACCUUCUCUGUGUCUUUAGAAAUAAAAGAAGAUGAUGGGAAAGGUUACUUUAGUGCUGUUCCCAAAGAUAAGGACAGACAAUGCUUCAAACUACGCCAAGGAAUUGAUAAGAAGAUUGUCAUCUAUGUGCAACAAACAACUAAUAAAGAACUCGCCAUUGAAAGAUGCUUUGGUCUCCUCCUAAGCCCAGGAAAAGAUGUACGAAAUAGUGACAUGCAUUUAUUAGAUUUGGAGUCUAUGGGCAAAAGUUCAGAUGGCAAGUCUUAUGUUAUUACUGGAAGCUGGAAUCCAAAAUCCCCACAUUUUCAAGUUGUAAAUGAAGAAACUCCAAAAGAUAAAGUACUCUUCAUGACCACAGCUGUUGAUUUGGUAAUAACAGAAGUACAGGAGCCUGUUCGCUUUCUCCUAGAGACAAAAGUUCGAGUUUGCUCACCUAAUGAAAGAUUAUUCUGGCCUUUCAGCAAACGUAGUACUACUGAAAAUUUCUUUUUGAAACUAAAGCAGAUAAAGCAGAAGGAGAGAAAGAAUAAUGCUGACACUUUUUAUGAAGUUGUGUGCUUGGAAAGUGAAUCAGAAAGAGAGAGAAGGAAAACUACUGCCACUCCUUCUGUUCGCCUGCCACAGUCUGGAUCUCAGAGUUCAAUGAUCCCUUCUCCUCCUGAAGAUGAUGAAGAGGAAGAUAAUGAUGAGCCUCUCUUGAGUGGAUUUGGUGAUGUAUCCAAAGAAUGUGCAGAAAAAAUUCUUGAAACAUGGGGUGAAUUACUAUCAAAAUGGCAUCUCAACUUGAGUGUAAGACCCAAGCAGUUACCAUCAUUAGUGAGAAAUGGGGUCCCAGAAGCUCUUCGAGGAGAAGUCUGGCAGCUUCUAGCAGGCUGUCACAACAAUGACCACCUAGUGGAAAAAUACCGAGUUCUUAUCACAAAGGAGUCCCCCCAGGACAGUGCUAUCACUCGAGAUAUUAACCGGACAUUCCCAGCUCAUGAUUACUUCAAGGACACAGGAGGAGAUGGCCAAGAUUCCUUAUAUAAAAUAUGCAAGGCUUAUUCUGUGUACGAUGAAGAGAUUGGCUAUUGCCAGGGCCAGUCAUUUCUUGCUGCUGUGCUGCUUCUCCAUAUGCCUGAAGAGCAGGCAUUUAGUGUUCUAGUCAAGAUCAUGUUUGACUAUGGUCUCAGGGAACUUUUCAAGCAGAAUUUUGAAGAUUUACAUUGCAAAUUUUACCAGUUGGAGCACCUGAUGCAGGAAUACAUUCCUGACCUGUACAACCACUUCCUGGAUAUCAGCCUUGAAGCACACAUGUAUGCCUCCCAGUGGUUUCUUACUCUUUUUACUGCAAAAUUCCCUCUCUACAUGGUCUUCCAUAUCAUCGACCUGCUCCUAUGUGAGGGAAUAAGUGGCAUUUUUAAUGUCGCCCUUGGAUUGCUAAAGACUUCCAGGGAUGACCUGCUAUUGACAGACUUCGAAGGCGCCUUGAAGUUCUUCAGGGUUCAGCUUCCUAAAAGAUACCGCUCAGAAGAAAAUGCUAAAAAACUAAUGGAAUUAGCUUGCAACAUGAAGAUUAAUCAGAAAAAGCUGAAAAAAUAUGAGAAAGAAUAUCACACCAUGAGAGAACAACAGGCCCAACAGGAAGACCCCAUCGAGCGAUAUGAGCGGGAAAAUAGGCGCCUACAAGAAGCUAACAUGAGGUUGGAACAGGAAAAUGAUGACUUAGCUCACGAGUUGGUGACCAGCAAGAUUGCCCUGCGGAAAGACUUGGAUAAUGCUGAAGAAAAGGCUGAUGCACUGAAUAAAGAGCUGCUGAUGACCAAACAGAAACUGAUCGAAGCGGAAGAAGAGAAGCGCCGGUUAGAGGAGGAGUCUGCUCAGUUAAAGGAAAUGUGCCGCCGGGAACUCGACAAGGCAGAAUCGGAGAUUAAGAAAAACAGUUCCAUCAUUGGUGACUACAAGCAGAUUUGUUCUCAACUGAGUGAAAGAUUGGAGAAGCAGCAGACAGCUAAUAAAGUGGAAAUUGAGAAAAUUCGGCAAAAAGUAGAUGAUUGUGACCGCUGCCGGGAGUUUUUCAACAAAGAAGGACAUGUAAAAGGCAUCGCCUCAAGCAAGGAGGUUUUAGAUGCAGACACAGAUGAAGAGAAGGAGACACUCAAGAACCAGCUAAGAGAAAUGGAGCUGGAACUGGCGCAGACCAAGCUCCAGUUGGUGGAAGCCGAGUGCAAGAUCCAGGACUUGGAGCACCAUUUGGGCCUUGCCCUCAAUGAGGUGCAGGCAGCCAAGAAGACCUGGUUUAACCGAACGCUGAGCUCCAUAAAGACAGCCACUGGGGUUCAAGGCAAAGAGACUUGCUGAGAGCAGCUGCCUGCAGAGAACACGCCACCUCUUGUUGCCUUCCUUGGCCACGUGUGUGAUUCUGUGACUUAUUCCAGGACCAGAAUGUACCUAAGUGGAAUCCAUGAUGCAUACUGGUGGGUCGUUGGGCCAGAGCUGCUGAAGCAGGCAGCCGCUGGGUAAGGCUGUCCUCACCACUGACACCAACAGGCCUGCCAGCCCAGCUGAGGCUGGGGACACACUCCAGGAGUCACUCCGUGGAGGCCCACACCGCGCCCAGCAUAAAGGCCGUUUACAUGAUCAGAGUUGGGGAUCCUUCAGUGUGUUGAUUUUUUUCUAAACCUUUUUUUUAAACAAAUAUACAUAUUAUAUAUAUACACACACACAUAUGUAUAUAUGUAUAUGUGUACACAUACAUGUGUAUGUGUGUAUAUACGUGUGUGUGUGUGUAUGUGUUUGUGUUGGGGGGUAGGGGAUCGGAAAUUAGAAUAAUUCUUACCUGUCAGUGCCAGCAGAAAUCCUCCCGGGUAGACAUGGAAAAGCACUUUGUUUGAAGUAGGAAGGUUUCAUAGACAUAGCAGAAGCCAUCUAGUUGCGCUCACCUAUCCCAUGCACAGGUUUGGGCUUUGGUGUUCUUCACGUCUCUGAUCAAUUCUAUGCAACUCUCAUAGUCCUGUCAUCUUUUAGCACUAGCUGCCAGAACUGACUUUACAAGGCUGGACUGGGCGACAUGGCUAUGAGACUGGAUUAAUCAUAACGUGGACAAAUCUUAUUUUGCUUAAUGUGUCAUGUGUACAUACAUAUAAAUAUAAAUAUAAAUAUAACUACCUUCCCCCAAUACAAAGUUGACAGUGUUGAACUCCCAGACUCGGGCUGCUGAGCCGCACCGCUUCCUCCUGCGGUCACUUGGGCACUUACCUUCACCCCUGCCUUCACUCCCUCACUUAAGGGUUCCUAGUGUGCACACGUGAGGAGGGCUGAGCUGAGCUGUGGGGUUGCUGGGCUCUGAGCCCUCCCUCCCGGGGUGGCCAGGUGCAAACCUCACUGUCCAGGUGGGCUGUAGGUUUUCACUUCACAGGUAUGGAAUGGAGGUUUUUAGCACCUUUUUAUUGAGAGGAACUUUAGAAAGCCUUUGAGUUAAUUUAUCUGGUGAUAUGCUGACAGACCGCCCCGCAGGUGUUUCGUCCUUUGCUUGUGCUCUGUGAGGUAGCUGCUUCCGUGGCAGUGGUUUGUAUAUAAGGACCCUCGGCUCGUUUCCUGUCUGUUCUGUUGGCCGUAAUGAGGCUUGCUGAGGUCACUGUGACAGGAGAAAGUGGCAGCCCCUCCCCCAGACCAUGCCCUCUGCUGCUUCCUGUGUCCUUGUUCAAUUACCAAAACAGCUGUAAGCUCAUCUAAUAAUAGGUGUGUGAACAUUGUGCUAGGGUAGUUUGCGUGUCAACUUUAUGAACUGAAACAUAAACCAGUAAAACUGUAUUACUAAUUCCUUUGUUGGUUUUAUUUUAACAGCAUACUCAUUAAAUAUUUUGGUACAAACAGCA